CUUCAUUUUCUUGCCAAUUCUUUUUCUCCCCAUAACAGUCAAUCAUGAACCACGACGACAUGGUGAUUGAUAUCAAUGCCAUGCUCGACAAUGCAGAACCACCGUUUAGCGCCGCCGACUAUUGCAUCUACAAAGUCCCCUUUGUUAGUCGCAGACUCAACCACGACGCAUACACCCCCAAAGUUGUUUCCAUCGGUCCUUUCCACCACGGCCACCCCCACCUCCAAAACAUGGAACGACACAAACUCAUUUACUUCAAAGCAUUUCUCAAACGUGCUGAAACAACUACACAACCCUUGAUUAAGUACAUAGAAUCUAUCAUACCUAAAUUCCGUGGUUGUUAUUCCGAAACUCUAGACUUCACCGAUCAAGAACUCCUUAAACUAAUCUUAAUCGAUUCUGGUUUUAUAAUUGAACUUUUCUAUGGAUACUAUUAUGAACAAGAUGAUUUUUAUCUCUUAAAACCUUGGUUACGAUAUAAUAUAAAAUUAGAUUUAUUAUUACUUGAAAAUCAAUUGCCCUUCUUUGUUGUUAAAAAAAUCUUCAACAUUUCUUUUAGUGCUAAGCCUUAUAUCCGUUCUUUUCGUUAUCUUACUUUUUAUUAUUUUGAGGAAUUCAAUACAUCAAACUUGGUUUAUGAUGAUAGAACUAUUAUAAUAAGUCAUUUCACUGAUCUAAUUAGAAUUUUCCACUUGCAACAUCCAUGGGAAAGACGGGCGCGUAGAAUCAAUGAACCCAUGAAACAUCUUCACAGUGUAACUGAAUUGUUAGAAGCAGGUGUUAGGUUUAAAGUGAACACUCAAAUUGAGUGUUUACUUGACUUGAGGUUUUCCGGACGAGUUCUUGAAAUACCUCAAUUGAGAGUCGAGGAUUGGACUGAGAUUUAAUUUCGGAAUAUGAUUGCCUUGGAGCAAUGUCAUUACCCUAGUACGUCUUACAUUACUGAAUACAUUGCGGUUUUGAAUUUUCUUAUGAAUACCGGAAGGGAUGUGGAUAAACUCGUUCAGAAGGGAAUAUUGGUUAAUCAGCUUGGAGAUGGUGAUUCUGUGGCUAACUUGUUUAAUAGUCUUUGCAAAAAUUCUAUUUGUGAUAAUUUGAGUUCUGAUAACUAUAUUCUUUGUGAAGAUUUGAAUGCUUUUUAUAAUGAUCCUUGGCAUAAAUGGGAGGCUAUUCUCCGGCGCUGGAAAACCGCUGCUUCCGUUGCUGGAGUUUUUCUACUGAUUCUCUCUCUACUUCAAUCAGUUUGUUCUGUCUUGCAAGUUGUAAAGCAGUAGAAUGACUCCUAGUAAGUUCAUUCAUUGUUGGAUUCAUAAAUAUUGUAAUUCUUAGUACUUCCAAUUUAUGUUGUUUCGCUUGUUUGGUUAUUGUGUGUGUUGUA